AACACGCGUUCGCGGUUUGCCGGCUUCUCUCGUAAUAAAUAUUGAAUUAUUGUGACUAGAUACGUGUUUUGUAUACAAACCAUAAGCUUCAAAAAAAAUCUACGUGAAUCUAAUUGAACGUGGUUGUGUGAAGUGAUUUGAAAAUUUGGUUUUGGGACGUAAUUAUUUGACUGUUUAGUCUUGUUUUGAUUUUUGUUUUUGUGGCGUUAAAGACUGCAAAUACAGUUUUUGCUGGAUUCACAGAAAUAUCAGACCUUUGUCAGGACGUUUAACCUGCAACAGCAACAGACUGCCUGUGAUGGUGAAAUGGCGACCACCACGAUGGUAGUAUCGCCGCUGGCCACGCAGUCCUCGCCUAAGAACAAGCGGCGCCUGUUCGCUGAGGCACGGCAGAACAGUCUGCAGAAACUGAGCGUCAUUUUCGACCACUCUCAUAAGAAUGGCAAUGGUGGGGAGACGACAUGGUGUUUCAGCCAGGUGAAAGGCACGCUCGAAGACGACGUCACAGAGGCCGACCUCAUCUCCUGCGUGGAGUUCAACCACGACGGCGAGCUGCUCGCCACUGGCGACAAGGGAGGCCGUGUCGUCAUAUUCCAGAGGGACCCAGCAUCAAAACAGUGCGUGCCCAAGAAGGGAGAGUACAAUGUGUACUCAACAUUCCAGUCGCACGAGCCAGAGUUCGACUAUCUCAAGUCGCUGGAGAUCGAGGAGAAGAUCAACAAGAUCCGGUGGCUCAAGCGCAAGAACCAGGCUCAUUUCCUACUAUCCACUAACGACAAGACUAUUAAACUAUGGAAGGUCUCGGAGCGCGACAAGCGCGUGACGGGGUACAACACGCGAGAGGAGAGCGGGCGCGCGCGGGACCCGUCGCGCAUCACGCAGCUCCGCGUGCCCACGUGGCGCCCCGCGGAACCCAUGGUCGAGGCGUCCUCCCGGCGGAUAUUCGCGAACGCGCACACCUACCACAUAAACUCGAUCUCGCUCAACUCUGACCAGGAGACAUACCUGUCCGCGGACGACCUGCGCAUCAACCUGUGGCACCUGGAGAUCACGGACCAGAGUUUCAACAUUGUGGACAUCAAGCCUGCCAAUAUGGAGGAGCUUACAGAGGUGAUCACCGCGGCAGAGUUUCAUCCGACUGAAUGCAAUCUCUUUGUAUAUUCUAGUAGUAAGGGUACAAUAAGGCUGUGCGACAUGCGAGCCGCGGCGCUGUGCGACCGCCACGCCAAGCUCUUCGAGGAGCCGGAGGACCCACAUGCGCGUUCCUUCUUCUCGGAGAUCAUCUCCUCCAUCUCCGAUGUCAAACUCAGCAACUCGGGACGGUAUAUGAUGUCAAGAGAUUAUUUAGGUUUAAAAGUAUGGGAUCUUAGAAUGGAAACAAAACCAGUAGAAACAUAUCCAGUGCACGAGUAUCUGCGGUCGAAGCUCUGCUCGCUGUACGAGAAUGACUGCAUCUUCGACAAGUUCGAGUGCUGCUGGAGCGGAGACGACCAGCGGCUCAUGACCGGCUCCUACAAUGGCUUCUUUAGGGUGUUCGAACGCGCAUGCGCCGGCGGGAGGCGCGGGGAGCUCACGCUGGAGGCGGCGCGCGAGGCGGCCGCGCGCCCGCGCCAGCCGCUGCGCCCGCGCCGCGUCGCCACCACCGCCAAGAGGAAGAAGGACGAAAUCAGCGUAGACUGCCUGGACUUCAACAAAAAGAUCCUCCACACGGCGUGGCACCCCCACGAGAGCAUCAUCGCCGUCGCCGCCACCAAUAACCUCUUCAUCUUCCAGGACAAGUUCUAGCCUCCGCCGACCCUGUCCGAACCUUCCAGGCACAUCUGAGGACCUUAUUGUCGGGUAAUACGGCUCAAAAUGCAAUGGCUUCAGCUGAGCCUUUAAAUGGGCAGAAAAGACCUUCAGUUUUGAGCUUUAUCACAAAGGUUUAGAGUUCAGAAUGAGGAAGAUACAGUGCUUAAGAGUCUUGAAACUCUGAUUUCUUGGCAAAGGCCUUAGUUUGAGCCUUAUCACAAAUAGGAUUUUAAGUAAACCUGGUAUUUAUACGUCUUACGUGCGAGUUGAUAUGCCCUGGAGGCAAUAGCUUAUUGUUGGAUUGCGUCUCGAUUAUGGGAAGAUGGAAGAUUGUCAAGCAAUGAAUUACAACUGUCAAUCUGUCGGAAUGUCUGUGAACAUAAGAGAAAGGCUGGAAUACGCUCCCAAACACUUGUAACAUAUAACACAUUUUGAUCAAUUUUGAAUAAUUUUACGGUUUAGACUCACUUGUUUUUAGUCACUCGCGCGACAUGUUUCGGAGAGCCUAGGUCUCCUUUCUCAAGCACUAACAGUGCGAGCAGCGUUCACGACGGCCGUGUAUCGCGCACUGUGGCUAGUGCGGCUCGCCGCGUCGCACGCUAAACCGUAAAAUUAUUCAAUGUUAGUAUGUCUCACAACAGUUUAAAUUCAAACAUUUUGAUCAACUUAUCUAUUUAUCGCUGGAACCUGUAGAUUGAGUGUACAAUAAGCAUCGAAUAGAUAGAAAAAAUAUAUCGAAACACAUCCUUAUUUCCAUGUUAACAAAGGUAUGUUUCGAUAUAUUUGGCCACUUUAUUCGAUGCUGAUUGUACUCGCAACCAGUACGGUAUGCACUUGGUAAAAUACAGAGAUACUUUUCACUGCAUUCAACCACCAUAAGCCCAUACAUAUUGUAAUCUUGUACUUCGCAAUAAUCCCCAUAAAAUAUAAGCAAUAACAAACAAAACACACAACAACAACAAAACACAACAACAAAACACAACAACAACACACAACAACAUCAACACAACAAAAAACUAGGAACAAUCAAAGCCUGAUCUUCCUCUGUGUAACUCGAAACGUGAACUAUUACGGUGUCGAUAAGGCGGGUACUGUUGGAAACUAACGGUAGAAAUCGCAGUGGUAGCUAUUAAGCUGCUAUCUUACAUUGUACCCCCAGUUUUACUCCCCCCAUACCCCCCUUUUAGUUUUACUUACCCCAUAUAUCCCUUUCAGAUUGUAUAAAUGUCAGACGAACUUGUCCCGUCAUUCCGGGGAUAUUUAACACAUUGAGUGCCGGGAACCCGGGUUCCCUAUUCGUAGUCGCUUUCCUCUACAAAGCGGGAUACCGCUGGGAUCGGCUACGAGCGUAACGCUACAAAAACGCUGGCAGUGAUGUGUUAAAUUUGUGUUACAUUGAUAUACGAUAAAGCUAAAGCCCCUAUUUAUAUGUGACGUCCCACGAGUAAAGGUACCUUAUGGCGGCCGGCGCUUACGUCGCAUAGCGCCGCAAUAACAUUGGAGCGGCGUUAAUGAUAGCGUAAGCGCCAACCGCCAUAAGGUGCCUUUACCCGUGGGACGUCACAUAUGGUAGCGUUAUCUUGCCUAGAGUUGUGAUUGGAAUUAAACAAUAAUACAAGCUCAUCCAAAAAUACUUCUAGAGAUAGAAGUCAUGUGCAAACUUUCAAAUGGAUUAUUGGAAAUAACUCCCAUAUUAACUCACAUUGUAGACGGGUCUAACGCGAAUUAUAUUCAAUUACCUUGAUUUACCGACGUUUCGACACAGGUUUCACUGACAUCAUGCAUUCAUGUUUUCUGGUUUGCUGGGACAUCAGUCAGCCGCGACCACGACCAGUGAAACCUAUGUCGAAACGUCGGUAAAUCAAGGUAAUUGAAUAUAAUUCGCGUUAGACCCGUCUAUAAUGUGAGUUAAUAUGUAUUCAAAACGCGAAAGUUUAAAAUAUUAUAAUAACUCCCAUGAUAAGUCCAUAUAAAACUAACCAGAUAUUUGUGACGUUUUCAACCAAAAGGUACCAAUUCUCGGUAAGGUUGAUUUCAAAUUGAAGCUGUGUGGAAAUAACGCCUUAUUAACAACUGACAACAUGUACAAUUUUGGUUGAAAAUGACACAUACUCUUACAAAAGUGUAAACUUGAUUGCCACCUCUAAAACUAGUCACCGUUACUGCUUCAAUGAAGUUGCGUUUUGACAGCUACCACUGCAGUAUUGUUAAAAAAUAUAUCUAGCAUAUUGUAUAGUCGACACUCGUCCUACUUGGCCCUAUCCUCUAGCCCAUACGUCAAACCUUGCCAAGCAAAAUUAAAUUUUAUUUUGUCAACACAAUGUUCAAAUUAGAAUGGAACAGGAGACCUUUUUAUAGGUCUCUGGGCGGCUAGAGGCUUCUUCACUCUUGGAAAGGGCUUGGCGUUUGACACAUUGCUUAUUGGCGAUCUAAAUGUUAUAAUACUUAUAAUGUAACACAAGUAAUUAUUUUUGUCCAAAUGUUAUGUGUUGUCUUGCUGUGAUUUUAUCCCAAGACAAAUGGCGUUGCUGAAAGACAAAAUCGGACAUUAUACAAGUAUUUGUCCACUAUACAAUGUUCUAGUGUCUAGUUAGGAUAUAAGUCCGUUAGUUAAACUCUGAUAUAAUUUAUACGCUUGUAAUAACUUAAGGUUCUAAGCGAUUAAUUAAGUAUUUAUUUGUUUAAUGACACCAUAAGGUGAAUUACCUUAACCGAGUAAAAAUGAGAUUAGUUAGGAUUAUCAAAUAUCGAUGCUUGCUAGCUUGAAAUGUAUGGAGACAUGCAAAUAUUUACCAACGACCUUAUAUACUACACUUUAAAAAAUCUUAAACUACAAAGAGCUGAUGUAGAACAUGACGCUAGUCGCGCGGCAAAAAAAAUACGUUUCUAAUUAGUACUGUGCGGAAGAGGAUGCUGACUUAACCUUUUACCAGGCUAAGGGAUAUAUAUUUCCCACAUACGGCACUUCAAACGUGUGUUCUAUUUUCGAUGAGUUUAGAAUGGUCAUUUUUGAAAAAUAGUUAACAGACAGUUGUGCCGAGCGGUCGAUCAAAAAUUUAUGUUUAAAUGUCAAAACUAUAAAAACAUACUCCGGAAUUGAUCUCCAAAAGGGUUUGUGUACAUUUCAAGCGGCUAUAAGUAAUUUUGAUCUGGUAUAGCAGUGCGUUCCUGCAUCAUUAUCACAUUAUGCCUUAAAAUAAUAAUAUAAUUGUACAAGCAAAUGCCUAGUGUCCAAUACAAUUUUGUUUCAUAAACUGGUUUUAGGCAUUGCUAUGUCGAAUUGAGGUUUAAAAAUAUCAGCUAUUGACAGACAAAUUCUUCAAUAUGUCAAAAAUCCACAGUUAUGGCUUCCAUUUUAAAAUAUCACAGUUAUAAAUUAUGGUGUUGCAAAUUAAAAGAGUCAUUGUCAGGCAAAAUGGUACCACAUAUAAAUUCAACCAGAAUUCUACUAAUUAUUGGUACCAGUAGUUUUGCCUUUGAAUGUCACUACACUAAAACCAUAAUGAAUUGUUAUUACAUGUGACAUGUUAGCCUAGAAACCCAAUCAAUGCUACACAGUUACAAAAAUGCAAUGUUGCAAAAACAGUUUUACCUCCAUAUCUAUGAUUUAAUUUCAAAAUAGUCUUAUUUAGAAAUUAAAUGUAACGCUACAAAUUUAAAUUUGCUGGUAAUAUGUCCGAACUUCACAAAUAAUUAUGAUACUUUUAAAAUUUGACUAACAGCAAUAUAAAUUUGUUAGUGAUAUUACCUACAUAUACGUAACACUUUUGUUUAUACUUACAGACACCGUCUACCUUCAGGCUUGUGCCUUAGUGUGCGUACAGUUUUUGUUAAUCGUUUUUUUUAUUUAUUAUUGUACUUUUUAAAAUAUUUGUGAUCGUUUUUUUACUUAUGAAGUCGCUUAGGCAUAGGUGGCGUGGCGUUCAGAGACCGCGAGAUGUGAUAGCGUUAUUCAUAUCUUAAGAAUUCGUGAGUUGUUAUGAACGCAUCUUUUUAAUUUCGUAGUAAGAAAGCUAUUAACUGUCUUUCAAUAAACAAGUGUCCAAUACCCGCCAUUACUGGGUCUCAUUGUUUUUGCAAAAUGUAAUUUCCCUGAAAUGUUUUUGUCUCAGGAAAAUAGGUACCACUUUGUCGGUUGUGAAAAAUAUCGACGGUUGACUAUGUGGUACCUUUUCCGGAUAAAUGUGCAAGGGAAAGCUUAAAACAUUUUCUAGAAUGUAAAUAUAGCGAACGAAUGGAGGCCUGAAUAAUAUAAAUAUAGUAUAUUUUGUCACAAUGUAUGUUAAUGUACAGAGUUAUAUAUAUUUGUACUUAAAUUGUGUAAAGCUUCUGUGAAAUUAUGUUGGAAAAAGUAUUUGUGAUGAAUUUGAUUUUUUGUAAAAUAUUUUCUAGGCGCCUCUGAGGCCUGUGAUCCAUGUUUAGACUUCUGUAUAAAACGUUUGCUUAAGCCCUAUCUCAAUUUCAGGCACUUCCAUAGGUUGGGAUCGUUAUAAAAAUCUCCAUUUUUUAUGUUGAUCGAUUGUAUAGGAUGUGUUAAGUUUUAGUUUUUUUUUUUCUAAUGUAAGGGGCGCAGUCAAUUCCUAAAAAAACUAGUUUUAGUCUCACAACGCUGUUCGCUACAUAGCCAUGGCUCGAUAGAUGUAAGUUAAAAAAAAAACGAUUUGUGAUAAUUCAAAAAAAGCUAACUGCAGCUAUGUUUAGACAUCGCUUGACAGUACAGGAAUUGACUCGGUCCCGAAAUAUCAAUGUAAUAUACUGUGAGUUUGUAGCGUACAAGCAAAGACAUGUAUAGUUGUGCGAGUGUGCGAGCGAGAGGCGACGAGUGACUGAGAUAGUUUAAGUCUAGUUAAUAGUUAGGCAAAAACUGUGAGAGCGCAUACAGAGAAAUCAGUUUUUUUUUUGCAUCGAGGGAUCAACGGAGGGCUUACAAAAUGUGAUAAAAUCGCAGUUGAGCGGUGUUAGGUAGGGAGACCUCGAGUGCGGUCUUGGACAACGAAUUGGGAGCCACUGGACCCGCGCCUCGCCUGCCCGACUGAUGUUUGUGACACAUUUGGACUAAUAUUUUCUUUGAACGCUACAAAAAUAACUGCAACUUGAAAAUAUGACACAUUGGUAUCGAACGCAAACAUAAAUAAAUGGAAUCUGUGAAAGGGCUCAAAUGUGUACUAUGUUUGCAGCAACAUGACCAUGUUGAAACGCAUUCCAAAAUUGCAACGUUUUUUUGUGACAGUCAAAGAAUUGAUUUGAAAAGUUCUACAGAACUUACAAUAGACUUGGGUAAGUGAUCACAAGCAUUAGGUCUACGCAGAGCUAAACUUUCAAAUUUAAACCAGUGAACUGGCAAUAUGUACACGUUUUUGUGAAUUUUAUAUGCUUGUCACUUUAUUAUACACCGUUAUCCGUCUAUGUUGUGCCCAAGAGCUUUACAAUGCAAUAAUGUUGAAUGUAGUAAGAGCGUCAGUGCGUCUAUUGGUAUUAUAUCCUCAAAACUGUGUAAGCAUUUAACCUUUUGUCAGGGAAUAUAUUUCCCACAUGAUUUUGAACUUUAUUCCAAAGUGAUUGGAUUCAAUUUUGAAUGAUUUCUGGCAACCUUAUGCCUUAUAAAGGGUUAAAAUAAUGACUAGUCUUAGUCCCAUUACAUUUGUAUAGCAUCGUUCGUAACAAUUUAAUCAACUCCACUAUGAGAGGACUGUCAAAGCGCAAUACAUAAUAUACUGAAAUCUCAAUAACAAGUCGCCAUUUACAAUAAUAAUGAAAAACAAUUAUUUACAUUUGGUAUUUUAUACUUGUGUCAGUAUAACUUUCUUGAUUGCCAUUAUCUGUCAUAGUUGACAAAGUUUACAGUAUAAAAUUAACCAUAAUAGAUUCUGAUAGACUAUUGCGUUUAUAUAAAUUUGUCAUAGCGGUCAAAAGGUAUAGCGUAUACAACGCUACUAAAUACACGCGAGAAGUUAGUGAUCCUUUCGCGAAUAGUGUUCCUUUUGACGCACCUUUACCAGGCAUAGAGAUGUCAGAAUUAUUCAAAAUGGAACCCUAUCACUUUGCAAAAAUGUUAAAAUCAUCAUAGUGGGAAAUAUAUUCCCUCUGUCUUAUAAAGGCUUAAAAACAUGUUUUGCCAAGUGUGUUGUCAAUAGACAUACGGACUGAUUGAAGGACUGUCAGUAUGUGCCAUUAGCGGGGCGCGGAGUUCCCACGGGAAGUGUUGUUGAAUCCAAAAUAUUUCCUAUAAUAUAAAUUUUUAUAUCUGA